AUGCGGCUGUGUGACAGGAACCCCCUGCAGGCGCGGCGGCGCGGCGCGGCGCUGCUCGGCUCCCUGCUGGUGGCCGCCGCCGUGGCGCUGCGCAGCGCCACCCGGCCCUGCCCCGACGCCCACCCGGACGCCGCCGCCCUCCCCCGCUGCCGUCAGCGCCUCUACCGGGCGCUGGAGCUCUCCCCCGGCAGGAGGAUCAACUGCUCGGGGAUCGUCCGUGGGGACGAGGAAGCCAUCCAGGAGGCCCUGCUCAGCAACCUGGAGAUUGCGAACAAAAGGGGUUCCCUGACGGCUGGCGAGUACCUGAACAUGACGAAGGACUGCAGCAAUUUCAAGAAGACCCGGCGGUUCAUUGAGUUCCCACUGAGUCAGGAGGAGGCAGAGUUCCCUAUCGCCUACUCCAUGGUCAUCCACAACAAAAUCGAGAUGUUCGAGCGGCUCCUGCGGUCCCUGUACGCCCCUCAGAACAUCUACUGCGUCCACAUUGACAGCAAGUCCCCGGCCGCCUUCCAGGAGGCCGUGCGGGCCAUCGUAGCUUGCUUCCCCAAUGUCUUUGUGGCUAGCCGCCUGGAAAAGGUGGUCUAUGCCUCCUGGUCCCGGCUGCAGGCCGACCUCAACUGCAUGCAGGACCUGUUGCAGAGCCCUGUGCCAUGGCGCUACGUCCUCAACACCUGCGGCACAGAUUUCCCCAUCAAAACCAAUGCCGAGAUCGUCCGUGUCCUGAAGGUGCUGCAGGGGCGGAACAGCAUGGAGUCAGAGAAGCCCUCGGCCCUCAAGCGGGAGCGCUGGCAGUACCACCAUAAAGUGGGGGAGUUCAUCUUCCGGACAGCCACAGAGAAACUGCCACCACCCCACAACUCUCCCAUGUUCACGGGCAACGCGUACAUCCUGGUCACACGGGCCUUCGUGCAGCACAUCUUUGAGAACCCCACGGCACAGCAGUUCCUCGAGUGGGCCAAGGACACCUACAGCCCUGACGAGCACGUCUGGGCCACCCUCAACCGCAUGCCCGGCGUGCCAGGCGCCAUGCCCCAGAACGACAAGUUCCAGCUCUCGGACAUGAACGCCCUGCCCCGCCUGGUGAAGUGGCAGUACCUGGAGGGCGACACCAGCAAGGGCGCGCCCUACCCACCCUGCACCGGCCAGCACCAGCGCGCCGUCUGCAUCUACGGGGUGGGCGACGUGCCCUGGAUGCUGCAGCAGCACCACCUCUUGGCCAACAAGUUCGACCCCCUGGUGGACGAUGCCGCAAUCCAGUGUCUCGAGGAGCACCUGCGCCACAGGGCCCUCUACGGCCGGGGACUCUGAGGGGAAGCCGCGGAGACCCUCGCCGGCACCUGCCUUCUUCCGCAGGCGAGUCCAGCCGGCGGCGCCUCAGGGACAGCGGGAAGGGCUAGAGACCCAUGUCGUGAGGCGAGACGGACUCCGGCGCAUUACCGGCGCUGGCGGAGGGUUCCUUCCGCGGGGCGGGCGGGCGCGCGCGGGCCUCGGCGGACCCUUGAGGAGAAGCAGCCGCGCGCGCAUAGUCGGCGGGCGCGCGAGGUAACGAACGUUCGAAACGGCUGCGCGGGCCGCUGGGGCGGGGGCACCCCCAGGAGGGCUGCGGACGCGGCGCCCCGUGGGCCGUCUCGGCAGGAACGGCCGGAGUGGAAGGGCGGGACGGCUCGGCCGCCCCGAGUCUGCCCCCUCCCCUGCCCCCCGACGCGCGGGCUUCUCCUCAGAGACACCCGGCGGGCCGCGGUCUCCCGCCCGGCACCCCAGGCAGCUUCCUGACAGACCGUCUUAAAGAAGCGGGGACACUGCCCUGAUGGAAAAUGUUACAGAUGGAGAGAGAGACACCACUAUUUAGAUCUGGGGGCGGAAAAAAAGCGCCACUUCAAAUGUGUUCCAUGUGAACUGAAACAGCCUCCACAGAAGUAGCAGAUCCAGGGCCCGGACAAACACCCUCCCAGAAACAUGGAGAGAUUCCAAAGGCAGAGAACUGGAGAUUGAGAAGUUUCUGUCCAGAGACAGGAAGAGACUGCAGAGUUGGAGGUAGGAACAGCAAACUUUUAUACUUCUAAGGGCUGAAAUUCAGUUUAACACGA